UUGUUCUGCACUAUUUUAAUUUCAUCCCCUUUAGAUAUCUGGAUUCGAACUGCAUUUUAGAAUUCACCUUUACUUACAAUGCCACCAUCAGGCGGCGGUCCAGUUGGAUACACCCCCCCAGAUGGAGGCUGGGGGUGGGCAGUGGUUGUUGGAGCUUUCAUUUCCAUCGGCUUCUCUUGUGCAUUUGGCAAAUCUAUUUCUGUAUUCUACAAAGAAAUUGAAGAAAUAUUUAAAGCCAGCACCAGCGAAGUGUCAUGGUUGUCUUCCAUCGUGUUUGCUGUCAUGUAUGCUGGAGGUCCUAUCAGCAGUAUCCUGGUGAAUAAAUACGGCAGUCGUCCAGUCAUAAUUAUUGGCGGCUGCUUGUCAGGCUGUGGCUUGAUUGCGGCUUCUUUCUGUAACACCGUGAAGGAACUUUACUGGUGUGUCGGAGUCAUUGUAGGUCUUGGGCUUGCCUUCAACUUGAAUCCAGCUCUGACCAUGAUUGGCAAGUACUUCUAUAAGAGGCGACCACUGGCAAACGGACUGGCCAUGGCAGGCAGUCCUGUGUUCCUCUCUGCCCUGGCCCCCCUCAACCAGACCCUUUUUGUUCACUUUGGCUGGAGAGGAAGCUUCCUAAUUCUUGGGGGCAUCCUACUAAACUGCUGUGUGGCUGGAGCCCUGAUGAGACCAGUAGAGCCCAAGCCAAACACUGCAGGGAAAGAAAGAUCUAAGGAAUCCCAGCAGGAAGCUGGAAGACCUGAUGCAAAAAAGGGGGCAAGUGAUACAAAUACAGAAGUUAAUGGCAGAAAUCCCCCAAAAGAGAAACAAUCAGUUUUUCAAACAGUAAACAAACUUCUGGACUUAUCCCUGUUCAAGCACAGAGGCUUUUUACUGUACCUCUCUGGGAACACGAUAAUGGCUUUUGCACUGGCUACACCUUUAGUCUUUCUUAGUAAUUACGCCAAGAGUCAGCAUUACUCUAAUGAGAAGGCUGCCUUCCUUCUUUCUAUUCUGGCUUUUGUUGACAUGGUAGCCAGACCUCUUAUGGGAUUUGUAGCCAACACAAACUGUGUAAGACCUCAAAUUCAGUAUUUUUUUGCUGCUUCUGUUAUUGUAUACGGAAUGUGUCAUAUGCUAGUACCUUUCUCCUCCAGCUAUCUUGGGUUUUGUGCCUAUGCGGGAUUCCUUGGAUUUGCUUUUGGGUGGCUUGGCUCCGUAUUGUUUGAAACGCUGAUGGACCUCAUUGGACCCCAGAGGUUCUCCAGUGCUGUGGGAUUGAUGACCAUUGUGGAAUGCUGUCCUGUCCUCCUGGGGCCACCGCUUUUAGGUCGUCUCCAUGACAUAUACAGAGACUACAAAUACACAUACUGGGCAAGUGGCACAAUCCUUAUUGUCUCAGGCAUCUAUCUCUUCAUCGGCAUGGGCAUCAAUUAUCGACUUGAGGCAAAAGAACAGAAGGCAGAGGAGAAUCAGAAAAAGGAGAGUAAAGAGAUGGAACCAAAAGAAGUCACUAAAGCUGCAGAAUCUCCAGAAUCAAAAGGCAUAGAAGGGCCCAAAGAGGAGAAACUUUAAGGCUCAAAUCAGGGAUAAACAGAAGCUUUGCACCAAAGAUACCUGAAAAAGUCUACUGAAUCAUGUCCUAUUGUUGGUGCUUAUCAUGGACAGUUGACAUUUGUGUACAGCUUAUACCAGGUGUUCACUGAUGGAACUUUCAUUUCCUUCCUUUACAUCAGUCAUAAUAAAUAUGUCACAUCC